AUGGCCAUGGAGGUAAAUUCAAAAAUCAGCUGCAUGAAUAUGACCAAACAACCCGCAGGAGCGCCUGGUCAUUUUUCUUCACUUCUUGUUAAUGAGAAAAUCGUUUCUACAUUUUCAUUUCUUGACGCUGACGAGAAAACGGAGGCCCAGAAAUAUUAG